AUGAAGGAAGCGUUGGGACCCAACCGCGCACUGAUUACCCUCAUCCGGAAAGGUCCCCAUGCCGACAUUAUCCCGCAAAGUGUGCUUCCGUGGCCAUGCUGUGACGAUGAACGACCUGGCUCGCCUGCUGGUCCGGCGCGCCUCUUAUCGCCCUCGCCUGCGGUUCCGAGUCCUGACGCGCCGAUUGUUCAACCGCAGACGGCGAACGGUCCAUCGUCAGCGACCCCGGCGGCGCCGUCGACGCUGACUGCGCAGCAUCAGCCUCCAGCCGUGCAAAGCACGCAGGCGGCGUCCGAAUGGACUGCUGCCGCAGCGGUAGGGGGCGGCCAUCCGCUUCAGCAAACCGCCCAACCUCCGCAGAGCCAGGCUUCCAAUCCGUCACCACCGGCUCCCCGCAGUGGCAUCCCUGACCAUCCGCCAGCUGGUCAACUGGGAGUGCCGAACACUGUGGCGCAGCCCCCGACCUACUCGGGGUCCGUGGCAUACAAACCGCCCACGGCUGGCUUGACGACGGCUCCUGCGCCAGGCCCAGCAGGGCCGCCCGCCCGUCCCCUGGUGCCCAUGCCCACUGCAUCCCAAGCGCCACAAGCGCCGCUAUGGACCACGGAUACUGUCCCGCACAUUACCUCUGUUCAACCGCCGUCGGCGCCGGGAGUGGCGCCGGGGUCCUAUCCCGGACAGUCAGUGAGUCACGGCGUGGCUGCGGGCAUGCCGCAUCCCGCGCAGCCGCAGGUUAACCAGUCGAUGCACCCUACCGCUCUCGCAUACGGCUCGUUGCACCCGCAGGUGACUGGUCACCUCCCCUCCGGCCAGCUCUACGUCGGCCCAGCCGGUCAGGUUGUACAAGCUGGCCAUGCUUUUCUAACCGGUCAGGCUGGUCAGGCUGGUCAGGCUCUUCAAACUGGCCAAACUGGUCAAGUUGUCCAGACCGGUCAGGCUAUUCAAGCUGGUCAGGCUGUGCAAGCUGGUCAGACCGUUCAAACUGUUCAAGCUGGUCCGACUGCUCAAACUGCUCAUACUGUUCAAGCUGUGCAAGCUGGUCUAGGGGCACCCCCGCAACCUUCGUUUCCGAUGGCCCACGGCCAACCUGCCGCUGCGGUCCCAAACGGCGGCAGCUUGCUGACCGCACCCCAGCCCGUUCAGCACUGGGCGCCCGGCGUGGCGGGACUGCCGCAGGCAGCGACGCAAACCGCCCCUCCAACGCAACCGGUAAACGCCGCGCUGUCCGCCCAGCUAACAGACCCGUGUCAGGGAACACUGGUGCAUCCCGGGCAGCCGCAGGCAUCAGCCCAACCGUCCACCGGGCACCCUCCCGUCGAACCAUCUCAGCAAACACCCUGGCCACCCCAGCAGCAGAAUGACUCUGCGAUGGACA